GUAGUCACAACUCAGCAGCCACCUUUCUACUUUCCUUUUCCUCUUUUCUACUCUUCUCCCAAACAAACCCCUAUAUAUAUAUUUCCUUCUUCCUCCCUCUCUUUCACUCGUAUAGCCACACACUACUAAACUUCUCUCUUCUAAGAAAUUUAAUUUAAAAAAAUUGUGUGCAAAAUACAUUGUGAUAAAAAUGGCUCGGAAAAAUGCUCUUUGGAUCGGGUUUCUCUGCAUUAUCGUAGCCGGUGUAGGGGGUCAAGCUCCUGCCACGUCACCCACUACUAGUCCCGCACCACCAACAUCCACUACCCCUGCACCUACCGGUUCUCCACCUCCGGCGACUUCAUCUCCACCUCCUGCAGUAAGUUCACCUCCUCCAUCUGUAUCUUCUCCACCGGCUACUUCACCACUACCUGCCGCUUCUCCUCCUCCACCAGUGAGUGCUCCACCACCAGCUACUCCUCCACCAGUGAGUGCUCCACCACCAGUUACUCCUCCGCCUGUGAGUACUCCACCUCCACCGGCAGCGGCACCUGCACCGGUCGCAACUCCACCUGCUUCAGCUCCGGCUCCUACUCCGACGACAAAGAUAGCUACAUCUCCGGCACCUUCGCCGGUGGGAUUGUUGAGUCCUCCAGCACCACCUUUGGGUGCUCCAUCACCGAGUGGUUUCUCAGGUUUAUCUCCUGCUCCAUCAGCCCCUGAUCAGAGUGGAGUGGAGGGCAAUAUGAGAUUUUCAAAUAUGAUUAUGGGAAGUAUAGUGUUUGGAUGGGGUCUCCUCUACUUGCUGAAUUAGAAAUCUCUAUGUGAUUUUGUGCUCAUUUGCUUUUGCCACUAUAUUUUAUAUUAAUAUGAAAUGCCAUCACUUUAGCUUAUUAGUAGGAGGAUGAUGAUGGCUUUAUUUUUCCCACAUGUACUUGGAUUCUUUUUGGAUGUUUAUUGCUGAGGGGAAUUUAUUUUUGUUUUGGGACUUAAACUACUACACUAUUA